GCCUGUACCGAGGAAGGAACUAUUCUAGAAUCAGCGAAAAGUUUUGGCAGUUUCAUUCCACAUUUUUCGGGAGGAAGUGCCUUGCAAUGUGUUUCUUUCCCAAACUUUCUGCUCUCAUGUUGCCGGACUAAACGACGAAAUUUAGAAGUGUUGAUCCCUCCGCGCUUAUGACAAGUUAGAUCUACUCCAGUGUUUCAGGGAGUUUCAGUGAGGUGCCUAGUACAUGCAGUCUGGCGUAAUUGAAAUAUGUCCAGAUGAUGCUUCUUGUCGGGAGAACCAGGUCCUUUAUACGCAUUCUUCUCAGAGAGUAUGACUGCUGUAAUGCGUGAGGUAUUAGACCUGCUCGCUGCAGUGCACUAAUUACUGUGAAGUACUAGUUGAAGGAGUGGCAGCUUUAAAAUAUCAUACUUGGUUCCGCUGUAAGAGAAAGUGACAGUCUAGAAACUGGUUCCUUGGUACUUUUUUUUAUUGCACAUUGCUGAGCUAUGUGUACAUCUUUGUAAGGCAGUGCAAGAAGUGAGUUGUGAAGGCGGUCUUAAAUUGUCGUGGUAUUUAUUUCUGCACUCCAAACGUGCGAUUUGUUCCAGAAGUGCUUAGUGACGCCAGAAGGUUUCGUUGUGUCAAAGGCUAGGAGUGACAGCAUUAUGAAAAUCUGACCUGUUAUUGAAGGGUUGAGUGCAAUGUGAGAAUCAUUUUUCCUUGAAUGUAGUGGAGGGAAAGAUGAUGUGGUGGAAGAGCUGCAUUAUUGAAGAUAAUUCAAGAUCCGAAAAGGCUACUGUUGUUCGUAAGUGUACUAGGUUGUUCAAUGGGAAGUGUCCUGGUAGCACUCGCGGUAGUUGUAUCGCCAAGUGAUUAGAUGGACGAGUUGGAUCGACUAUGCCGUCUGAAGAUUAUCUGAGUAUAUCCUACAGUUCUCCGACCGAAACGUCUUGAACUUAGAGCAACAGUGCAAUCGGAGUUCAGACAGCUCUGCUUGCAUGAAGUUCAUUUCAUAGGCGAUGUGCUUCUAAGAUCAAAAUAAGCAGCGAGCCAUGCAGUGGGAGGAUGAUGAAGAAGAUGAAAUACAGCCCUCAAGGACGUAUAGAAUUCCUGAGGAGAAGAGACAUUGCCAAGAUAGGACCUUCAAAGUCCAGCAACAUCGGCGGAAAGAGUCGCCUGUGUACGAGGACUCCUUCACCAAACGUCUGGGCCGACGAACAGCAUCGACAGUACGUGAUCGGACUUUAGAAAGUAAUAGUGUUGCCACAACUGCUGCAGCGAACACUGCGGAACUUUCAAGAAGGACCUCUAAUGACGAGAUACCAAAAUCCUCAAGAACCAAUGAAGUUGUCAAGGUGGACAACAACUGCGGCAAAUGGCCAUGUGGCAGUGAUGGACUUUCUGCAGUGCCCAGUAAAGAUAUUCAAAAAGCUUCUCGUACUAAGCCUCAUAUUGCCAAGGAACCCAGGAGUUUGGGAGCACUACUGACUCGCAAACUUUUCAGGCAAAACAAUAAUCAGACUGUUUCAUAUCCAGCCUGGGAGGACGAAUGGACACUAUUUCGGGAGCAGCAUGAACUUGAAAUGAAGCAGUUGAAGCAAAUGUACCUGGGCUUACAAGAAAUCUGCCUAGAGCUCAAACGAAUGGGCCCUAAUAACGAUGAUGUUUCAGGUUCAACCUCGCGGCGGAUGUCACUCUCUGAGAGUAUUGAUAGCAGAGCUGAUGCGGCUCCUCUACUUUCACAGAGCAAGAGACAUGGAGCCAUAGAUUAUGCUUCUUAUAAUAGUGAACAUGGCCAGUAUCAGCCUAACAGAAGAGCGAAGUCAGUUCCUAGAUCCAGAGUGAAUUGGGAUACAGGUACAAUUAAGGAGAACGGCAAGAUUGCUCAGGCGCUGCACGGAACCUCUUGGUAUUGUCCUACCGCAGCACUCUUUGAAGAAAUAGUCCAGGUGGAGAGGGUCUACAUUCGUAAUUUCGUUGAAGCUCUUAUUAAAUACGAAGAAGAUCGCUUUCCGAAAGAUGAUUUUAAGUUCGAGCUUAAAAGCGAUUCAUUGCGUGACGUGAUUGCCCGGCGACUUCCUACCGCAAAUUUUGCCAAAUCUUGGCAUUUUAAAUUUGGCAUCGAAGCUUGGCUGAGCCGGAUCGUGUUCAAGGAGUUCGGCAAGGCGAGUGUGACCAAGUCAGAAGAGAGGGGGCAUGAUGCACGAGCAAGGCGGAAUGCUUCCUGGGAAGAAUAUCAAAGGCUGUCCCUUUUAAGUCCUGUGGAUGCUAUCAAUCCCGAAGGAAAAGUAUACUGUCCAAAUUUUCACAUCUUCUGUAAUCGGAAAUUUGACACUCUACAGAACGAAUUGAAAUGGUUAGAGGAGUGGCCAGACGAUCUAGUGAAGGAUUUCCUUGAGGCCAUGAAGCAAGUGUGGCGAGCUCACAAGCUUGCGCUUGCAUUUGACCCUGUUGCGUCGCUGUUUACUGUGAAAGCCACGGCGGACUUCGAUGUCAAAUUUAUGGAGCCAGCAGAGACAUUAACUUCAUUUCCAACUGAUGAUUUUUCAUCAUUCUCUCGACAAGUAGGAUUCGUAGUGAAUCCAGGAUUUAUUGUUCUUGAGCGAAUAAUUAAGUGCCAGGUAUAUCUGUCCCCAGAUGAAAAUUUACAUUCUCCAUGAUGGAAAGCGGGUGUUGAACUGGAGAUGUACAAGUAGACUAGAACCAAUUCAUUUUGCCAGGAGGGCGAUGAUACAUACUGGUGGUACCAUAACUUUUUGAGCUACAUGCCUCUUGAUGAUAGUUAGUAUAGUGACUGCUUGGGUAUUCUGUGUACACCGUAAAGAGAUAAAAAUGAAUAUGUUAUUUGAGUCAUAAUGUC